UUCUUUGAAGAUCACAGAUAUCUUUUAGUUGAAUAAUUUCUCUAAUGAACAAUUCAUAUCAUUACAUGAUGCGCAUAGAUUAGCGGGAUGUAAUGCUACUUGUGGUCACUCAUCUGCAGUCACCAAACCCAAAAACUCAAGCAUGCCAAUUCUGCACCUAUGCAACGUUAGGGCCAUUCAUCAGGCAGGCCCCACAUUUAAUGUGCCUUCACUCGGAAAGUCAGUGGGCCACGUUUGUAUAUUGAACGAGGACCAUUAUCCUUUCUCGACCAUCCAUUUUCUUUUUGCAUACCUGUGGCCAUGCUUUGCAAAUCAGUUUUUGUGUAUUGAAUCAUUCACCACAGAUAUAGCCUGUAUUGGGCUGUUUCAGGCAAGCAUGGGCCGGACAGCUGUAUCGUUCAUGGAUGGUACUGGUAUGUAGGUGUUGGACGAUAUGUCAAACCUUGCCCGUGGACUGGCCUGAUUUUUGGGCUAGGGCACAAUGAACGGCAACUCAAAAUUUUCUUGAGUUCAACAUUUCCAACUUAAGAAUUUCAAGGAGUUUUGGUUAUUGUGCAGGUGCUAACAAUUUAAUACCAAUGGAAAUUGCUCUUAAGAUUGCAAACAAGAUCAAAGUGAAUGAGAGAUUUUCUGCCUAUAUAGUUAUCCCAAUGUGGCCUGAAGGUGAUCUAACAAGUGUUCCUACACAGAGGAUUCUUUUUUGGCAGAAUAAAACAAUGCAAAUGAUGUAUGACAUAAUUUAUAAGGCCUUGGAAGAGGUUGGGCUCGAGAAAACAUAUGUGCCACAAGAUUAUUUGAAUUUUUUCUGCCUUGGCAAUCGUGAGGCUGCAGAUGGAACCGAUGCUUCAUGUGGAAGUCCUGCAGCAAACACUCCCCAAUGUGACGAAUGAUGCAAGCAUUCUGACGAAUGAUGUGAAUGGUCAUCAUGUCAUGUUGUAUUGCUUCAAAAACUUUAGGGAACAUACUAAGGUAAUUUCUGAUGAAGUUUUUCUGAAUUAUAACUAUUUCUUUGGUAGUAUUUUUUGAUAUCUGCCAAUAGUAUUUCUUUGCCUUGAGUAAUAGGUGUUCCAUAUCUGCAUUACUUGAUAUCUGUUAGUCUUGUUACCAAACAGGGGCUUGUCACACAAGUUCUGUAUAUCGAUAAAUAUUUUUAAUUGAAAACAUUUGAAGCUAUCUACCUUGUAGUUUGAAGACUUGCUUUAAUGAUCCAAAUAGGAGUUUGUUGAAUUUUGGGCUGGGUUACUCGUGUGGUUCACUGU